AAUAUAUACAGGAUAUAAAGAUAUUAUUAAAUAAAUCAUGCUUGUUUUAGUAUUAGGAGAUUUGCACAUUCCGCACAGAUGUAGUAGUCUUCCAAGCAAAUUUAAAAAACUAUUGGUGCCUGGUCGAAUACAGCAUAUUUUAUGUACAGGCAAUCUUUGUACUAAAGAAUCAUAUGAUUAUUUGAAAACAUUAGCUAGUGAUGUGCAUGUUGUUAGAGGAGACUUUGAUGAGAAUUUAAAUUAUCCAGAACAAAAAGUUGUUACCGUUGGACAGUUUAGAAUAGGAUUAUCACAUGGUCAUCAAGUUGUGCCUUGGGGAGAUCCUGAAUCAUUAGCUUUAAUUCAAAGGCAAUUAGAUGUUGAUAUUUUAAUAUCAGGUCAUACACAUAAAUUUGAAGCAUAUGAGCAUGAAAAUAAGUUUUAUAUCAAUCCUGGUUCUGCAACAGGAGCAUAUAAUCCCCUUGAUACAUCAGUCAUUCCAUCUUUUGUUCUUAUGGAUAUCCAGAGUUCAACAGUUGUAACUUAUGUAUAUCAACUUGUUGGUGAUGAAGUAAAAGUUGAAAGAAUUGAGUAUAAAAAGAGUUAAAAUAUAUAUAAAGGUUUGAAAAUAUGAUAUAUUUACAUUAAAUAAUGCAUAGCAUCCAUUUCACAGAAUUCAGUAUCAUAAUUCAAUAACAAUUCGUACAUAACAUCUAUGAGAUAUUAUGUAUAUUUGAAUUGGCAUUUAAACCAAUCUUAUAUGGAAGUUAAAAUUGUAACAUAUAUUAAUUGUAAAU